AUGGAGGAAAUAGUUUGUUUCACCAUCUUCUUAUGUCUUUCAGCUUGUUUAGCCACCCUUUUCCCAGUUGUUCUAUUUGUAUUGAAACUUUCUGAGGUGAAUGGUGCAAGAAGACAACCACAUGAUAAUAAGCUUAUCCUUUACAGCCCUAAGAUGUUGAUUGUUUUCGGUGAUUCCUAUGCUGACAUCGAGGUAAAUGGUGUAAGGAGACAACCACAAGAUAAUAAGCUUAUCUUCCGUGGCCCCGAAAAGCUCUUUGUUUUUGGUGACUCCUAUGCUGACACCGGUAAUUGGCCACCUACUGGUGCUUCCAGGCCUUGGCGGAAACCUUAUGCUGAAUAUCUGGGAAUAGGAUCCCCACAACCCUACAGAUUGUGGAAAGGAGAUGGGGAAGCAAAGCAAUAUGGGAUGAAUUUUGCAUAUGGAGGGGCAGCUCUUGUCACUUCGGUCGGGAAUGACUAUGGGAAUUAUCAUGGACAUAUACAUCCUCUAUCCGACAAUCUCCUAGCGACCAUUUGCUGGAUUUGUUUGCAGGGUAUGGAGGAAUUUGUUGAAUCCAUUACGGAGCAGCUUAGUGUGAACCUUAAACGCAUUCAUGAGAUGGGACUCCCCAAAGUAGCCGUGACAGCAAUGCAACCUUUGGGAUGCCUACCUGCGGUAACUUUUUCAACCGGCAACUACCCAAACUGCGACGAACAUACAAACAGCAUUACGAGGUUUCACAAUCAAAUGUUAGACAAACUGAACGACCAAACUAAGGGGUCACCCUUUGUUGUUCUUGAUCUCUAUGCUGCCUUCACGUCAGCCUUGAACAUUAAACACGACCAGCAUCCUGGGAAAUCUAGUUUCCCACAUCCAUUGGCUCCAUGUUGCCUUGGUAACUGUGGGGAGGUUGAUUUGAAUGGGAAGAAGGAAUAUGGACUGUGUGAUGAUCCAAAAAUGGCAUUCUUCUGGGAUAUGACACAGCCAUCACAGCAAGGCUGGUUUGCUGUUUAUUCUGCUUUGAAAUCUUCUCUUCCCCAUCUGUUUCAGCCUCAUCAGGCCACCCCAAUUGUUUAG